GCUUCUCCCUCCACACACCCCCCCACCCCCACCCACCCCCACUGCUGCAGUAUAAAGUCUGCUGUCCGUCCUCAGCCUCCACCCUCUGGACAACUUCUGCCUGGACUCACUUCGAGUGUAUAGUUGAAAAGAAAAGUUGACAAUGACGGACCUGGAGACCUCGAUGGGCGCCAUCAUCGCCGUGUUUCAGAAGUAUUCCGAAAGGGAAGGCGACAAACACAAGCUGAAGAAGAGCGAGCUGAAGGACCUGCUUCAGGACGAGCUGCCGGAACUGAUGGAGCAUGUGAAAGACCAGGAGGCGCUCGAUAAACUAAUGGAGGGCCUGGACACGGACGGCGACUCCGAGUGCGACUUCCAGGAAUUCAUGACAUUCAUCUCCAUGGUUACCGUCUUUUGCCACGAGUUCUUCCAGCAAGAGGACGACUGAAGGAGGAGAAGGCGACCGCCGGAGACAAAGGAGGGGAGCUACAGUAAAUUAUAAAAGAAGGAAAAAGCCUGUAGGUGCCCUGAGAGCAGCGCAGUGGGGGGAAAAACACAACUUCCAGCCAGCAGCCCAAACUUUAUUGGUGCCGGCUGGCAAUAAGGCCCAUAUCAUAGAUAAUCUACCUUGUUCUCUUUUAGUCUAAAUACAUAGAUGCCUUGUAAAGUCUCCAAAACACCUUCAGGCUCGGAAGAAUGUCCCAAAACUUGCCACUGAUUUCUAAAAGUUGGCUGCAGAAAUUGCAACAAAACCUCCAAAAGAUACGAUCAUAUUCAUGGUUUUUCCCUCAAAAGUCAAGCAUAUUUUUUUAUUAUAUAAUGGCUCAUAUAGUCUUCUCACUUACAGUUUGGUCGACAUUAAACCCCCAAAAAGUAAGUUAGCCAUCAAGAAAAAUAAGCUAAUUUGACACGUGUGCUUUAAUAUGACAGGAGCGUUUCAUAAAUUAGCAAGUGGCAGGAAAUAGGUCCUACAGGAUCAUAUCCAAACCACAUGUCCAAACCAACAAUACUGGUUUAUAAACGUCGUUAUUGUUGUGAAACGACCGCAGUUUGGUCAGGUUGAGGGGGCAAAAAUUAUUUGUCAAAAAAAAUGUCAUUUACUUUUAUUUUUAAACAGGACACGGUCCCCAGUCUGCGUACGUCUCACUAUAAACGUAAAACCUGGGUCCUAAUCGCUUUAACAAAACGACCUAUGUGGGCAGUUUUUUAAAGAGACACAUUUCAGUUUUUUACCUUGUUACUACGCUUUUUAAUUGACAAUUUUGCAUAAUUCCCGAUCCUAUUCUAUAAAUCAAACCAUUGACAAAAGAUGUUUGGGUACAGCUACCAACUUUGGAAACUGAGUUCUGCAAAUCAUAAUUUUAAGGUUCUUCUGUUGAAAAGGGCGUGUCAAGUUUUACAAAUGAGUGGUUUGAGUUUGUCUACACUUCACAUGAUAACCAUUUAGAGGUACUUCAGAAAACUGUUGUUUGAAAAGAUUGUGGCUGUUAUAUUUCAGACGUGGCUAGUAGGUUAGGCAAGCAGCCUCCAAUCAUCAGAAUUCGUUUGAGAUUUUGAAAGUGUUAGGAGCCCAGUAAAUCAAGAAAAGGGCUAUGGGUUUAACACUUUGGGAGUCAACCAACUACUGAGAGGCACCUGGAUUUGCUUGUUGACUAUCAAAUGUUGAAAGUGACUUGUAAGUUGGUCAUUGGCUAGUAAAAGUUUUAAAAUGGCUUGUGAGAUUUAGCUAAUCUAGAAGCCACUUUGGACGCCACAAUUUACAGUAGUUGGAGUAGGAGUUGAACGUUUGAGACAAACUUUUAUAAAAUCUAGUUGACUAUCGAACUUGUAACCUAGUCUUAAACUUAAAUAUGUGGAAUUGGCUAGUCAAAUGUUAGAAAUGGCUCCUUCUUUUUUAAGCUAACUGCCAGAACGCCAACCGUAACUUACAGUUUAUUGUCUUAAAUUUCAGAUGUCACUAGUAAGUUUGUCUAGCGUACGUGAUUUGUUCAGUCUUUGUAGAUGAUUUGUAUUUAGGUAGUUGGUAAACAAGUAACUUAGUAACAUUUAUGAGUCAUACUACAUUUAAAAUGUCAAGCUGGCAGUUUAAAUAAUCCUAAAAUGGAUUUAGUAGCCGCUAUUGCCUGUAGCUAAGAAUCCGAUUCAACGUCCUAGAAUAAAGAAUCGAGUUUCAUGCAUUCUUCUUGACGUGCUAAAAAAAACAGCUUAGCAUAGUUGAUAGCUAUAAAAAGUGUUUAUCAAAAGAGUUGGAACAGAGAUUGUCUGACGAGAUGUAUUUUUGCAAUGUUGUGCACUGGUUUGUAUGGAUGUCGAUGAUAUGAAAUGAAUUAAAUUAUCAUUGUGUGA